CACCUCCAGCAGAUUACCGAUUAGGAGAGACACCAAGAAGAACAGAAUCCAAACUAACCUCCUCAAAAUCCAGCUUCAUCCGUGGACUAGUAACUCGUAUCCAUAUCAAAAACAGCGAGAGCAUAAAGUACACGUUUUAAUCUUUCCAAUAAGCUGCGUAUUACCGAAAUAUGACGUUUCUGGACUUUUGAAAUAAGUGGCGAAAGAUUGUGAAGGAUUGCCUUCACCCGGAGACUACACACAGAAGACACAGAUCACAGCUCCAAGAGGUUUUUAAUGUGUCGGGGUUUUGUCCGGUUUUGCUCUUAAAACAGGCCUGGACUUUUAACCGGAACAUUUUGGGGAUAUUUUGGAGCUAGCGAACAAGCUUGCUAGCCGAACACAGACCAUGGAGUUGAGAGUGGGGAACCGAUAUAGACUGGGCAGGAAAAUUGGAAGUGGAUCAUUUGGGGACAUUUACCUGGGUACUGAUAUCUCUGUUGGAGAGGAGGUCGCCAUCAAGUUGGAAUGUGUGAAGACCAAACACCCGCAGCUCCACAUAGAGAGCAAAAUCUACAAGAUGAUGCAGGGCGGAGUGGGUAUUCCGACGAUAAAGUGGUGCGGGGCCGAGGGGGACUACAAUGUGAUGGUGAUGGAGCUGCUGGGGCCCAGUCUGGAGGACCUGUUCAACUUCUGCUCUCGCAAGUUCAGCCUCAAGACAGUCCUGCUGCUGGCCGACCAGAUGAUCAGCCGCAUCGAAUACAUCCACUCCAAGAACUUCAUCCACAGAGACGUGAAGCCAGACAACUUCCUUAUGGGGCUGGGUAAGAAGGGCAACCUGGUCUACAUCAUCGACUUCGGUCUGGCCAAGAAGUACCGCGACGCUCGCACACACCAGCACAUCCCUUAUCGCGAGAACAAGAACCUGACUGGCACCGCUCGCUACGCCUCCAUAAACACACAUCUCGGCAUUGAACAGUCCAGACGGGACGACUUGGAGUCUCUGGGCUACGUCCUCAUGUACUUCAACCUGGGUUCUCUGCCCUGGCAAGGCCUCAAAGCCGCCACCAAAAGGCAGAAGUACGAACGCAUCAGUGAGAAGAAAAUGUCCACACCCAUCGAGGUCCUCUGCAAAGGCUACCCAUCGGAGUUUGCCACCUACCUGAACUUCUGCCGCUCUCUGCGCUUCGAUGACAAGCCCGACUACUCGUACCUCCGCCAGCUCUUCAGGAACCUCUUCCACAGACAGGGUUUCUCCUACGACUACGUCUUCGACUGGAACAUGCUCAAAUUUGGGGCCAACAGGGCCGUGGAGGAUGCAGAGAGGGAGCGUCGGGAGCGGGAGGAGAGGCUGAGGCACAGCAGGAACCCCGGGGCCCGGGGCAUGGCCUCGGCCUCAGGAAGAGCCAGGGCAGCGCAAGAAGUGGCAGCCCCCUCACCGCUCAACCCCGCCUCACACACAGGUAUGGAGAAGGAGAGGAAGGUGAGCAUGCGUCUUCAUCGCGGGGCACCUGUCAACAUCUCCUCUUCAGACCUGACGGGACGCCAAGACACAUCCCGCAUGUCCUCCCAGGCCCUGUCCCGGGUCACACCCAGCGGCCUCCAGUCUGCAGCUCCACGAUGAAACCCUCCCAUCCACCUGUGCACCAUGGAGGCCUCGACAUGCUCCACCUGCAACACAUAAACACACACACAUACACACAUAUUUACACACAUAUUUACACACAUAUUUACACACAGGACUCUAAAUGACAAAGAGGACUACCAACCAAUGCACCAGAGUCUGGCUGCGCUCUUUUUCACCUGACAACAAGGUGCACAACCAGGAGAGUGUGUGUGUGUGUGUGUCUCUGUCUGUGUGUGUGUGCGUGUGUGAGAGAGAGAAAUGGGUGGGUGGAGUACAGUUUGGUAGCAGCCACGGCCUCCCUUCUUCUCCAUGGAAGAUGUGGGAACCCCCUCCCCCCUCCCCUCCCUCAUGUUGAUGAAGCCAUGGAUUCUUUUUUUUUUUUUAAACUUGGUUUUACUUAUUUUCAUCGUUUAGCAUUAAAACGUCUCUUACUUACACCAGCUCCCCUGAUCAGCCUCUACAGGGGUUUGACAACGGAGAAUGACAAGUCUGUUGAAAAUAGUGUGUGGGACAAUUUUUUGACGAUGAAAGCAGGAAGACGCAAUCCAUCGUAGCAGUGUUAAUGGACAGUGCCUAAACUCUGUUUCGUUUCCUGAAAGACUCCUUAAAUCCCACAAGUCAACUGUUUUUUCUUUAGUUUUAGGUGUUUGAGGUUUAAAUGUAAAGGUAGGAUGUUUUAAAAAUGGGACAAAAGGUCUUUUUAAUGUUCUAUUUUCAAAGGUGAUCCAAUAGUACAAGUUGUUUUUGUCCUCCUCAGGUGCGUUGGAAAGCAGAAUAGCAGGAUGUAGUUGAUCCAAAAAAAGCAGCAGCACACUGUUGUUCCAGUCUCCCGGCUGAGACGACAGCGUGCUGCUUGGGAAAGCUGUGAAUGGAUGACAUGAUGUUUAUAACCCGGUGCAGUGAUGUGGUUUUGUGUGUGUGUUUGUGUGGUUCUGUCUUCGGGUUCUACAAGCUCAAAGGGUUGGGGGAUGAACAAGUUGAGGGCUUUUUCUUUUAGGGUUUGAACUCCUUUGCCUCCUAACCUCACUCUCACCUGGCUCUCUCCCUCCAUUCUUUGCUUUUUCCAGUCACACCUCUGGCCAUUUUCUACCUCGGCCUCAUCGAACGCUCGCUGUCUCUCAUUCAUAGACAACAUUU